AUGACACCUGGAGAACUAGCCCUUGCAAGUGGCAACCACACUCCAGUUACCCAGUUCACCUUGUUGGGAUUCUCCAGUUAUCCAGAUCUCCAGGAGCUUCUAUUUGUAACCUUCCUGCUCAUUUAUGCCAUCACGGUGAUGGGCAACCUGGGAAUGAUGGCACUCAUCUCCACGGACUCCCGUCUCCAUAGUCCCAUGUAUUUCUUCCUCAGUGUCCUCUCUUUUCUUGAUCUUUGUUACUCUUCUGUGGUCACACCCAAGCUCUUAGCCAACUUCCUGGCCUCUGACAAGACCAUCUCUUCCGAGGGCUGUGUGAUCCAGCCAACCUUCUUUGUGGUGCAUGGGACAGCUGAGAGCUUCCUGCUGGCCUCCAUGGCCUAUGCCCGCUUCGCGGCCAUCUGCCAACCCCUCCAUUACAGUUCAGUCAUGACCAAAGAGACCUGUCUCCAGCUGGUAGCUGCUUCCUAUGCAUUUGGUGGCACCAACUCUGCUAUCCAGACUGGGAAUGUUGCUCUGCCUUUCUGUGGGCCCAACCAGGUGACACACUACUUCUGUGACAUCCCUCCCCUUCUCCACCAGGCUUGUGCCAACACAGCCACAGCAGGAGUGGUCCUCUCUAUCUUCUCCGCUCUGGUUACCCUUCUGCCUGCUGCAGUCAUCCUCACCUCCUACAGCUUGGUCUUGGUGGCCAUUGGGAGGAUGCGCUCAGCAGCUGGGCGGGAGAAGGCCCUCUCCACAUGUGCCUCCCACUUGCUGGCCAUUGCCAUUUUCUAUGGCACUGUGGUUUUCACCUAUGUCCAGCCUCACGGAUCCACUAAUGAUACCAAUGACCAAAUAGUGUCCGUGUUCUACACCAUCAUAAUUCCCAUGCUCAACCCCUUCAUCUAUAGCUUCCGCAACAAGGAGGUGAAGGACGCGGUGCAGAGGAAGCUCCGGGUCAGUAUCUCUCCCUGCUGA